AUGUCGAUAUCUCAGCUGCCUCCUUCAACUGUUCGGCGACUAGGAGCUAGUGCUCUCAUUGUAUCACCUGAGUCUGUCGUCAAGGAGCUCAUCGACAACUCUCUUGACGCUGAGGCAACUUGUCUCGAGAUCCUUCUUUCUGCUAACACCGUCGACAAAUUUCUUGUCCGAGACAAUGGCCAUGGCAUAAGCCCGAGCGAUUUCCAUGCCGUGGGACGUUGGUCGCACACCAGUAAGCUCAGGAGCUUUGACGAACUGACGUCCAAGGGAGGCAAAACCCUGGGCUUCAGAGGGAACGCCCUAGCAAGUGCUAGCGAAAUUUCCAGCGUCACCAUCACGACCAGGACAUGCAAGGAUGCUGUUGCUACUGUUCUAUCACUCAAGCCCGGCCAGAAGUCUGGUGGGAUUGUCAGCCAAAAGCCCGUAUCAUCUCCUGUGGGAACAACGGUUGAAGUGGCCGAUUUGCACAGUACGUUCCCGUUCCGCCGGAAAGAACACGUCAAAAAGGCGCAGAAGACUCUCAACAACAUAAAAUCAUUGCUGCAAACCUACGCCAUGACGAGGCCUGAAAUCAGGUUCACCUACAAAAUUCUUGGCCAGAGCCAUUCUGCUUGGUCGUACGCUCCUCCGAAUCAUGCGGAUGCCAGGACAGCAGCGCUCCAGAUUUUCGGGGUUGGUUUGGUCUCUCAAUGCGUCUAG